AUGCCAUCUUCCAAGACCGAUACUGCGAUUCGCUAUCCUGAGGCUGGUGACCAGAAGCGCCGAUUACGAAAUGUAACGCAAGACCGCAAGUGGGCGGACAGAAUGCGUGAGAACGCUGUUUCCAACCCGGAGAUGGCAGCGAACGCAACAGCAUGGGGACCCGAGUCAACCUUGGAGCUUCAUAUGGAUCAAGCAGGAAAUCCUCAGCCUGAUCCGAGCCAGUUCAGCGACGGCAACAAAGCUUCGAGAAAGGGGUUGAUAGCUCAGGGUGGCGAGCAUGAUAUGGUCUCUGCUGCUAACGAUGUCCCUUAA